UUGGCCACAUAUAAGCUGGUUCCCGGCUCCCUAUGCGCGUCGUCAAAUUGUGAUAUUAGAGACGGGGCCCAGCUUAGGUGAACAUAAUAGAUCUAGCCUGAGACUUGGAAACUGAUGUUGUGCAGAGUCUUGGUGCACAGUAAUUGGAUGACCUAUACACAGCAUGGAUUCCAAGGAAGUAAAGAACGCUUUGAAAAAUGCAAGGGAGGCAAUUCGGAAUAAAGAAUUUAAGGAAGCACGCCGACAUUGCAAGACAGUGCUAGCUAGUGACAAGACCAACUACAAUGCCCUGGUGUUUGUGGGCGUGGCUGCUGAGGGUCUGGAGCAGGCUGACAAGGCACUGAAGGCUUACAAGAAAGCCAUAGAUGCAGCACCCGAGCAGAUUCUAGCAUGGCAGGGUCUGUGUGGGUUUUACGAGAAGAACCCAUCUCCCGAAAAUGAUGCUGACCUGGCCAGUGUGUACAAGAAGCUGAUGUCUCUACAGGCUAGUGACAAGGAGAAGAUGCUGGACAUAGGGAGGAAACUUGCCCAGCUUCAUGGGAAACUGGGGAAUGUGGACGAGGCUGUGAGCAUGUACCGGCAUGUGCUGUCCGAGGACCAGGCUGGACAGCAGCGCAUGAACGCACUCAUGUCUCUGUUUGAUGUCCUACAUGGUCAGAAGACUCUCUCUACUGAAUAUCAAGAACUGAUGUUGAAGACAUGCAAGGAGGCAGUAUCAUUAGAAGAUCUGCCGGCAGAGGGCAGUGAGAGACUGAUACAGCAGUUCCUGGAGCUGCUGGUCAAGCAUGGUCCCCGGUCCAGCUUGUGGGAAGAGUGUCGAAGCCUCCAUGACCGGUACCCUGCCAACCUCUAUGUCCUGGAGACCUGGACUCUGUUGCUGCUGGAGGAGAACCUCCAGGGUUCUGAUGACAGAGUCAGCUCCACUCUGAGGGAUGUGUCUCAGAAACUUGGAGCUCUAUCAGCCAGCAGCCCAUAUGUGAGUCUGUCCCAGGGAGUGAUUCAACUGGCGGACCAGAAGCUGGUGGAGGCCAGAGACCUCCUGCAGCAAGGAAUGAACAGCCUCACGAGUGUUGUGAGUGGCUAUGUGUUCUUAGCCAGAUGUCACCAGCAGUUACACACAGACAUGGCAUGUGUUGAAAUCGCUGAUAAAGGACUGAAGGCACUAGAGAAGAAGAACCGCCUAUUGACAUUGCCCAGCAAAUCCAUCACCUGUGAACUCCAGCUCUUGAAAGCCACCUGUUUGUACAGAGUUGGUUCACCCCACUGUCUGGCACAGGCAAGGGAGAUCCUGUCACAGGAUGUGAUUGAAAGUCCAGAGUCUAGAAGCCUCCUGGUAUACAUUUGUCUGAAGCAAGGGAAUAUAGCAGAUGCACAGCACCACCUGGGCGAUGUGCCAGAGACUGAUGGUGAGAGAGAGGCCCUCCGUGGCCGGAUCCUGUUCCACACAGGCCAGCACCAGGAGGCUCUCACACGGUUUGAGAAGCUGACUGAGGACGCCCCCGGUGUGAGUGGACACCAGUACAUGCUGGGGCGAGUCCUGUGGCAGCUGCGAGACACCGAAGGCCAGGAUGGGGUGCAGGAGAGAUGUUUCAAGGCCUUUCUUAAGGCAGCCAAACUUGACCCCUACAAUAGUGACAUAUUCCUCUACCUGGGACACUUCUACGCCACUGUGCAGAAGGAGAAUGUAAAAGCCAAGCGUUGCUAUCAGAAGGCGUACGACCUUGACCCUGCUAAUGAGGAGGCUGGAGCUGCACUCUGUGACAUCUUGGUCGCCAUUGGUGAAGAUGAGGAAGCCAAGGCCCUUCUGGAGGCUGCCACAAGUCAGGCCAAUGCUGGCUGUGGCAAGUGGGCCUGGCUGAGGCUAGGUCUGUAUCAGGUGCGACAUGACGACCCCACCAUCGCCGUGGCAUCAUUCCAGGCGGCUCUCAGAGCAGACCCCCGAGACAACCAUGUGUGGGAGUGUUUGGCCGAGGCUUACCUGCACCGGGGGAGCUACACAGCAGCUCUCAAGACGUUCACAAAGGCAGCUGAGUUGAACCCAGAAUCAGUGUACAGUCUCUUCCAAAUUGCCAGCAUUAAGCAGACCCUAGGAGAAUACCCCGAGGCUGUGGCGGAGUACAAGACCAUCCUGGAGAAGUCCCACAACUAUGUGCCAGCACUCAAAGGUCUUGGUGAAACCCUGUUGCUGUUGGCACGGCAACACUUGACCACCUGUCUGGACGGCCUGGCUCGGGACAAGUGUCAGGAGGCCUUGGUUUAUCUGACCAGAGCUGCGUCCCAGCGUGCGGACCUGUCCUGCCUGUGGAAGCUGAUGGGGGACGCCUGUACUGUGCUGCAGCCUCUGGCCCCGGAGACAUUCAGUCUGCAGCUUCCUGCCAAGCUGGUCCAGCAGUCGUCCCAGGACAUAGUGUCCCUGGGGAAGAUGGAGGUCCUGCAGGUUGGAGCCAGGUGCUAUGGUAGAGCCUUGAAGAGCAUUCCAGAGAGUGCCUCUCUCUGGCAUGACCUGGGGGUCAACUAUUUCCACCAAUCAGAGCUGUCCACAUCAGCAUCAGUAGAGCUAUCCCAGAAAGCCAUUCAGGCCCUGAAGAAAGCUAUAAGUCUGGACCCCAACAACUUCCGCCACUGGAAUGCCCUGGGGGUAGUGGUAUGUGCCAAAUACUGCUACAAGCCAGAGCUCGCCCAGCACUGCUUCAUCAAGUCCAUAGAAGUGGAGAGUAACAACGUUGUUGCCUGGACCAACCUGGGAACAUUGUACCUGAAGAAUGAUAAUGUGCAACUUGCCCAUGAAGCUUUCAAAGUAGCCCAGAGUCUUGACCCAAGUUACGUUGCUUGCUGGAUUGGACAGGCCCUGAUAGCUGAGAUAGUUGGACAUGAUGACGCCAUGGACCUGUUCCGUCACACAACCGAACUAGGCACUAAUGUUGAGGGAGCCAUGGGCUACGCCAGCUGGGUAUGCCAGGUACUGCAGGAUCGCAGCAAGAGGAACACCGAUCUGUUCCGGUACAGCAUCAAACAGAUGGCCGCCAUCCCCGCUGCAUCGGAUGCUCUGGCCAGAUACACAGGUCGUGUGAAGACAGACAUGGCAGCGUACAACAUGUACGGUCUGCUCCUGGAGCAUCAGAAGCUGUACAGCGGCGCGGCCGAGGCCUUCAGGAGUGCUGUGGAGAUCCUGGAGAAGGACUCGACCCAAACUGAGCAGCUGGGUAAAGUCAGGAUCAACUACGGAAGAGUCCUAUGCAAGGGAGGUAACUACAAGGAAUCAGUGGAACAGUUGGGGAAGGCCGGAAGUCUGGAGAAGUGUGAGGACCUGUGUUUCCUUGGCCUGGCUCACUACAAGCUGGGCAGAUUCGAGGACAGCUACCAGGCCUACAACAUGGCCCUUGGUAUGGCUGAGCUGGAUGAGGACAAGUCCCACAUCUACUCCGCACUAGGCAUGGUGGCCUACAGGUUCGGUGAUGUCGAGGGUGCCAAAACAGCACUGUUUAAUGGAUCCCAGCAGGCUCCUCCGUCGGCUCUAGGGCUCCAGGCUCUGUGCUCGCUAGGGCUGCUGCAGUCUGACGCCACCCUCGCCACGGCAGCCAUACAGGAACUCUUCAAGCUGGGAGAUAAAGAUCCAUCACUACCAGACGUCACCUGGCUGUCUGCUGCUGUGUGUAUACUGCAGGGUAAUCUUAAAGAGGCCAAGCGUUCUAUUCAGAGAGUUAUUCAGAAGAACCCAUCCUGUCCGCGGUUAUGGCGAGUGUUGUCUUCCAUACUGUCCAGUUUCUUCCCGGACCUGGGAGACGCAGCAUCCCACUGUGCACGGGCCUCACAGGAUCUCGCUCACUCUGAAGACAAGUCGGUGUCCACUCUGUUGACCGUAGGUCAGCUCCAGGGCGGACUCCACAGCAGGUGCGACACACGGAACAAUGCUCUGUCCUCUGCGCAGAAGGCUCUGCACCUCUAUCCAGACAAGGUGUCCAAUCAGUGCAGUUUGAUCGCAGCUGUCCAUGCUGAAGCUGUGCUGAGUGGUGAUGAGAGACGACGUCAGCUUCUGAACAUAGAGCAGCAGCGUAUACAAGGAAUGCUGGAGUCUGAACACUCCCCUCAGCCUGGAGUGGCACUCUGGUGCUGGAGACAGAGGGUCGUCAGUCUGGUACUCAGUAACAAAGGGAGCGAGGCCAAGGAGGCACUCCAGCAGUUAUCCUGUCUACCGACUGCCACAGACAGCUCAGGACUGUUUGCUGAGGUCCUUGAAGGAGCCUUGACAGAUGACCUCCAGGCCGUUCAAGGGAAGGUCUGCAUGGAGGGGAGACAACUCUAUCUGUGGCAGGUACUGACGGAGAUGUACCUGCAGAAGGGGCUGAUGGCGGAGGCAGACACUACCAUCAGACACACUCUGCAGCUGGCCCAGGCCGACAGUCAGCGACAGGUGCAGCUGGAGUCACUCCUCAAGUUGGCCUCUCUGUCGUACCAACAAAUCAUGUCAGGAAGCGGGGACAAGCAACAGCUGCGGAGUGUGUUUGACGAGGCGGCCGCUGAGGUUCUCAAGAUUGAUCCUGGCUGCUCGGCAGUGCUGCUGAUGAUGGGAGCGCUGUCCAUCAAGAGUAACAAAGUUUCUCGUCGACACUACCAGCGGGCUCUGAUUGCAGGGUCAGUCAGGUCAAGUAGAGGUCAUGAUGUCUCUCUGGCUCGUCAAGCUGUCAUAAGGAACAUCAUCUACUCCCAGAAGGAUCUUCCUCUAGCUAAGAAAAUUGCUGAUGAAGCAGUUUGUGAUGGCGAUGAGGCAACAGUGAACCUCUACUCCCAGCUCAAAGGGGACGAAGACUGAACAUGGGCAUAUUGUCAUUGUGUUUGUUUGUUUUGGCGAGUAUUCUGUGAUAAACAAAUACUGUUAUGAAGAUUGCCUGUUAUUGUGUUUGACAUUUCUAAGAAAAUGUGACCUUACAGUUUGUUUUGAAAAUUGGAAAUAAUGACAUAUAUGUACUUAUAAUUGAAAAGAUAAUUGAUAUCGGUUAAAGUAAAAUCCCUUUAGAAAUAGAUAUGAAUCCAUAUCUAAAUACAGGAAAUUUUCUGAAAUUCUGAAAUUUGUCUGAAGUGAAUCCGGAUUAUGUUUCUUGCAUCCAACUAUUAUUUACAAUGUGUUGAUAGAUUGAAAGAAGCCUGAGAUCCAAAGUCUGGUAAUAAAAUGGUAAUAUGAAAGUAAGGUAUUAACUUUUAUCCAUGCUUUAUGACUAAGUUUGUCCAAUCCUGUCAGCUCCAGCAAAGUAUGCCGAACACUCGCUAAAGUGAAAGGAGAGCUAUUUCCCCAAAAUAGAUUCCCCAAAAUGGGGGUAUGUGUUAUAUUCAAGAAAAUGAGGUAAAAGACAUAAUAAAUUCAUAAAUUUAAUAAUAA